UUAUGUAAUUUCGAUACUAAUCAUUCAAACAACUCAAACGGUGGACACUAACAUGUUCGUGCGUGAAAUUUAUCAUUUCAUAUUCUGGACAAAAAUAAACAAACAAACAAACAAAUAAAUAAAUCCACUUCCUUUAAAGGUGCUUUCGUACUUCCGCUCAGCUCAAAUCCCUUUAAGAAAACCACAACAACUCAACAGCUGAUGUAAAGAUGGCGACCCUGUGCUCAGAAAUGACCGCUAGUCUGGACUCGAAAGACUCCGGGAAUGAAAUUCAUGCUAUUUUACGGCGGUGCAGGGGGCGACCCAGGCUGUCGGACACAGACCGAGCUCGAAGACGACUCGAAUCCCGGAAAAAGUACGAUGUUCGACGAGUGUACCUCGGAGAAUCGCACAAGGUCUGGAGCGACCUGCGACAGAAAACCUGCAUGAGCGACGCCGGACUCGCCGAGUAUUUAAUCCUGCUGAACUCGGCUUACGGAGAAAGAUACCAGCAGAAAUACUGCGUGAAGAACUUUCCAGAAUUGUGCAGAAAUCAGAAAAAAGGGAAGAAGGUGACCGCCACGAGCUUACACAACUUGGUGAGUUGGUAUCAGCAGCACUGCCAAAUGUGCUCUCAUGAGCCUGAGCUGCGGUCUAUGGAGCCAUUGAUGGGCCUGUCCACUACUGUUCUCUGGCAGUGUGAUGCUGAGCAUUCAUUCAUUCAGUACAUUUCAUGGCCUCUGGGAGGCAGUAGCGAGUCUGAUGAGGAUGACAACAAUGAUGAGCCAGAGCCAGAGAAAAAGACAGCUGUCCAGACUACAGCAACAGCUGUGAGCAACCAAAGGACAUUGGCAGAUACAGAAGAUGAGCUGGAGAGUGCCACAGCAGAGGUUUCUAAAGUGGCUCAACAGAUGUCCUCCACAGCUUUCAGUCAAGUUCCAGAAUCCCACAGCGAAGCUGUCACAUCCUCACCCUCCCUGGGAGACCAGGUCCUGUGGGAAACAGAAGCAGAGCGAGAACAGGAGCUGGCCAUGGCUGACUGUGAAAAUGGCAUGAGAGAUGACUUUCCUUUGGUGGAGCCAAGUGACUCAAAGCCCGAAGUUGUAGGAGGUCAUGGUCCUGGGACAGAUGGUUAUGAAUGCGUGGUGGUCACGGCAGCUUUGAUGGAAAGCCUGCAUGGACCGGACGGAGAAAGCCAUUUGACGGAGGACAUCGAUGAGAACGGAGCACGACCAAUCUCGGGAGGUAUGACCCACAUGCCCUCAGCAGCCACUCCAGUACAAGCAGAGCUCUAUGAAACCCAGGCACUACGGAGCAUGGUGGGCAGCUGUGAGCUACCAGACCAGCAUGCUACACUGCAGGGCUCACAGCUGAUCAUAAUCACAGGAUCCAGUUACGAAACAAUGACAUCUGAAGGCAUUCAGCUCAAUGUGGCUGGAGGAGACAUGGAGGGGGUCACGUGCACAGUGAUCGAGGGGAUGUCUUACAAUCAGAUGUGCCAAUCAGAAACCAUAAUCCAGAACAGUGUCUCACAUACAGAUACCAUGACAGACCUGAGUGAGAAGCAGCUGUUGGAACCUAGUGAAGAAUUGCACAGUCAGAAGGAUAUUCAGUGCUCUCUCAGCAGGUCUAGGAGAAGUCGUCAAGGUCCAGUUAUUGAGGCAGAUGGCAUGCUGAAAAUGUUCCACUGUCCAUAUGAUGGCUGCAGCCAGGUGUAUGUGGCCCUCAGCAGCUACCAGAAUCAUGUGAACCUGGUACACAGGAAAGGCAGGACAAAAGUGUGUCCACAUCCUGGCUGCGGGAAGAAGUUUUACCUGUCUAACCAUCUACAUCGCCAUAUGAUUAUUCACUCGGGAGUGCGAGACUUCAUCUGCGAGACAUGUGGCAAGUCUUUCAAACGCAAGAACCAUUUAGAGGUGCACAGGCGCACUCACACCGGAGAGACACCAUUACAGUGCGAGAUCUGUGGUUAUCAGUGUCGUCAGCGGGCUUCCCUCAACUGGCAUAUGAAGAAACACAUGUCCGAGGCACACUACAACUAUACCUGCGAGCACUGCGGCAAGCGCUUUGAGAAACUCGACAGUGUCAAGUUCCACAAGCUCAAAAGCCAUCCAGACAGACAUACCACUUGAAAGAGAGAGGACUCAAGAUUGAUAUUAACAACAAACAAACAAAACAAAAAAAAACAUAAGGGCUUCUUUUAACACCAGUUUUAUCUAGGUUAGUGACUGGUGGGCACUGAGCAAGUGCACAUGGAGAAGGAGGUGAAGAAACAGAGCACUUCUAAAAAGAAGUGUGGGCAGUUACAGCAGAAGUUAAACCUGUGUGUGUGUGUGCUAGUUUGAGGCAUAAUUUUUCUGUGUGCUGUGCUGGUCACAGCUUAUGGUGUUGCAUGGUUCUGAAAUGUCUGUGUACAGUAUUGUUUACACAGUGUUUUGUAUGUUCACAUUCUACUCUAAACUCUCAUCUUAAGCUUUAUAAAAUGUGUUUUUCAUAUGUGUUUAAACACAUUUUAUGUGUUUUGAAAGUUUUCAUGAUGCAUCUUUUAGCUGGUAUGAAAUUGAGUGCACAGAAUUGGUGGAGUGUGGAAAUUGCCAAUACAGAAUCUAUGCUGUUUUUUUUUAUGGAAUAUUGCCACUGAAAGCAGUUAUUUUUCAACAUGUAUCAGAUGAAUAUCUUUUGCGUCAUAAAAUACAAGGGACAAUUAUGUUCCACUGUGAUGGACUGACGUCUCAGCCAGGGUGUACCACCUUGUGCCCAGUGUUCCCAGAAUAGGCAGUCCAUCCCGGAUUUUGCGAUCAUGGAGUUGAAUGCAAAAUCAAGGAAAUGCUGCAAUAUUCGCAGAAGCUUACAAUUUUUCAAAAUUACUGCAGAUUUGAGCCACAAACAUUCAGCCAAAGCUCUCUUUGAUUAAUGUACAUGUACAGCUAAAAAGUCUAAUUUACCAACAGACAUCACUGUGAAAGACAAUUUUGUGCAAUUGCACUUUCACCAAUUCAAGUGGUUUUCCGUUAAAAAAAAAAAAAAAAAAAGCACAAAAAACUUUCCGGCAAAAUCAAGCAUUUUUCGCCACACCAGUCUCAAAUAAACUAUAUGAAAUCCUGUACGGACUGGAUAGGCUCUAGAUAUAACGCAACCCUAACUGGGAUAAAGCAGCUACUGAAGAUGAAUUAAUAUUCCAAUAUUCGUAUGCGGGUUGUUGCAAUGCCAGUUUACCAAUAGCCAAAAAUGGAAACUGAAGGAUUAGCUAUGUUUGACAUUUGUUUGUUCAUGGAAUCUGGAUUAACUACACAAGCACCAUCGUUUUAAAGUUUCAGCUGUCAUUUCAGCUGUUCCAGGCUGAAUUAUUUAAAAUAAAUGCAAAUAUUUUGUCAAACUGAAAAUAUUCAGUUUUAAAUAGCCCUUAGUUUUCAGGAAUGUAAAGCAGUUUAGACAGAAGAGAAUGCUUGUUUACCUUCACAUGUCAUGUAAUAGAUGUUAAAAAUCCUUAAGACAACUGAAAUCAUGUGAGACCAAAACUUGAACAGCAUCAGCAUGUAUGGAAAAAAUUGAAGAAAAAAAGGAAGCGCCACCAUAGAGACUGUAAAUGUGGUGUUUUUAGGGGUUGUUUGAAGAUUCCACCAAGUACCAUGAGAUUUGUGAUUCAUAGCCUGGCUACAUCUGCCAGGCAGUUAAAGCCUGGCUUUUUAAGGGUCUUUAAGCUAGAUAAUGAUCCAUAUCAUGUAUCCAAAUCCAAAAUCCAAAGGAACACAGUGAAUUCCAGUGGUGAUUUCAGUCUCUGACAAAAGAGAAUAUAAAGACUUUGAAAUGGUCUGGAUGGAGCAUCUAAAAUCCAUCUACAGAUCUCUCCAAUCUUGUUCACCAUUACAGGAAGAGGCUCAGAGCUGCUAUUCUUUCCAGGAAAGCUUUUAUGGAAUAUUAAUUUGUUGGGGUGAAAUAAUUUGGAAGCAUUUUUUUAAAUAAUAGAACCAAACAUUAUUUCUGUAUGUUUAAGUUCACAAUGUCACAAAGUGCAUGUUCAUUUCAUAUUGCAUGUUUCAUUUCAGUUAUUGUUGUUGAUAUUCAUUAGGGAUGCCAAUAAUUGUGUAACAGUCUGACUACAUGUAGCUAUUCUGUUGAAUUAAUUACUGACUCAAAGACAUUAUAUAGACAGCUGAGUGGAUUUUGGGAACAUGUAGGACUUUUAUUGCAAUACUGACUAACGGUGAAUGAAUGUACAGUAGGGGUCAGUUUGCAUUUGCUUUAUUUUAAUUGGUCUUAUGUUAUUUUACGAACCUGUAUUAUUUAUUAAUAUGCUUCUUUAUAGAAUAGAUUUUUAUAUCAAACAGUUAUCCUAUAUGGUUUUAAUAAGAUUUAUUCAAUCUUCAGUGUAUGCUGCCAUUUUUGAUUACCUCUAGCUUCUGAGGAAAAGUCUACAACCCCCCCCACACACACACACACACACACCGCAAAGAACAGAUGGGUGUUUUCAAGGUGUUUCAAGCCUCAUGCUUUUGUCAGUCAUUCAUUAGGUGUAAAUACUGUAAUUGCUAGCUCCUUAAGUGUUCACACAUUUGCGUAUAAUGUUUACAGCCCAUCCUCAUUGUUCUCUAACCAGAAAGUAGGAAGUACUACAAAUGUAGCGCCUCUCUCUUACCUGCUUAAUGUCCCAAAAUAGAGCUGCAUUGUUGAGUUUAUAAGGAAGUGACCAUAUUACAGCACUUCAAUUCUCAGGGGAAACAGUCACAAACUAUCAUGUUUCUCACUCCUUUAUCUGAAACGUUUAGCAUUUAUGACUCGCCUCAUUUAUUUCUGCUACAGUGCUUAUUUGCAACCAUCCUGAUUUCUUCUGUUUUUGUGUAUAUCAUACUAAAUCGUUUUAGAUUUCUAAAACUUAAAAAAUCCUAGCUUUUUAAGAAUUUGUCAGUCCUUAUGUUUACAAGCCAAAUGAGGAUUAACAGUUCAACACUGUAACUUUGGUGUUUUUCUUCAGCAAGGUUCAAUAUGAUAACAGUCUUAUAUUGAAGUUGGGUUGAGAGUAUUAAUACUGUUUUUUAAUUAGCAGUUUAUUCUUGGGGGGGGUGAUGACCAUCUCCUUUUCUACUAUAUGAUGUUCUGCUUGUGUUUUAUCUGAAAAUGAUGCCCUUUUUGGAACAGGCACAAUAAGCUACAGCUGUAUUGCAUUCAUCUUGAUCUUCUGUCCUUCAUGACAUGCACAUAAACUCUUAGAGUGCUUGAAUAUUUGUUACACAAAAUACAGCAUUUACCCAGA